CUUUUUUUUUCUUUUAGUUUUUAUUUAAUUCAUGGAUUAUCGAGACGAACGUCUCGAACCAUCACGGUAUCGGGUGAUCCGAUGGUUUGGAUUUGAUCGUUUCAAGCCUGAAAAGGCGGUGACUUCAUACUGGGUGUCGAGCAAGACCUUCUUGGCUAUUCGUCUUGUAGUUACUCUUUAUUCGACCAUUGUCAUCUGGGCAGAUAUCGCCACAACGGCCAUGGGCGAAGGAGGCUUCAGUCACUUUUUUGCCUUCUUUACCAACCUUACGUAUGUAGGCUUACAUGCCUAUUUAGUGACGGCGACAUACCAUCACGUGCGAUAUCUCAUGUCUAACCCAAGACGCCCUUCGUCGUUUCUUGACCAACCUACGAUUCUUAAUUAUCUUUACGUCUAUCUAUACCAUACAGUAAUUGUGUACAAUAUUCUGACUCCGGUGGUAUUUUGGGCCGUGCUUGCCAAACCUUUGACGAGCGGACAAUCCAGCUCUCUCCAAAGUGCCAGUGAAACAUCCAACAGCGUCGUGCCGCAGCAUAUGACAACGAUUAGUUGGUGGAUGGAAUGUUCGGUUCACGCCGCCUCGUUCUUCAUGAUGAUGAGUGAAGUCAUCUUUAGUCGUAUGCAAGUGUACAUCAACAUGAUCUUGUUUGUCUUUUUCACCGUUGUGCUUUACAUGUUCCUGACCUUCAUUAUCUUUGCGGUCGAUCACUUUUGGGUGUAUCCAUUCUUGGAUUGGAGUCAAGGCGGUAUGGCUGCCGUAUGGUAUAUCGUGGUGGGCGUGAUUGUCGUGGUGUUCUUCUUUUUGCAAAUGCUCUUCCACUGGAUCCGAAACCGUAUUGCCCGGAAAUUAGGACGCGCCGAAUAUUCACCCGAAGCCAUUGAGUUUGCCCAGCAAAAUCGACAAGAAAUGGCACAGCGCAACGAGGAGUCUUUCUCUUACUAGAUCUACCAUUGCCCUAUUUAUUUCAAUUGUACUACUUAUAAUGCAGCCUUUGUACUUUUAUUAUUAUCAUAUGUAUUUCUUAAAUCUUGGAUGUAUUAUUCAUGCUUUUUCUUCUCUUUUUUCCAGACUGGUC